AUGAUGUCUUUUAUAACAUUAUGGUACUAUUGUUGGAAAUCAAAGUUUGGUAACAAGGAAAUUUCAUGCAACACAGAAGCUACACCGUUGCAAUUCGAUUUUCGAGUAACCGAAACGUACAACGACUCACAAACGAUUUAUCGGUCAACGAGGAUCGAUGAAAACAUGUGUCAUGCACAGAAAUGCGAAGUAUUCGUUUGGGAUGAUUCGAGCACAUUCGAAUCUUCUCGGACAUUGCUCGAACAAAUUAAAUUAACGGUACGACACAGCAAGAGCUUUACAAAUAAACAAGAAUGCAUCCAAUGUAUUAAAGAAAAUAGUGAGCAUAUUAUUUUGGUGGCUGCAAAUGAGAAGGCAACAGGAGAUGUUCUUUCUGAAUGUGGUGCUUUGCCACAGUUGAAAGCUAUUUAUGUCCUGAACUCGAAUGCAGAUUCGCUAACAAAUAAAAAGCUUGUCUAUUUUCCUGAUUCAAUAGCACUAACACAGCAGAUUGCAUCGAUCACCCAAUUGACAAAACAAGAAUCACCGACAAUAUCUUGCUGGGAUUUAGGUCAAAGAACUAUGUCCGAACUUAACUCAGAAGCUGCUUCAUUCAUGUGGUCACAAAUGUUACUUGAAAUACUUAAGAAAUUUCCAAUUGGUGCUCAUGAUUUGGACGAUAUGAUAACGGCGUGCCAGGAUCACUACCGGGAUAAUGCCACUCAACUGAAGACAAUCGACGAGUUUCGUACGAGUUAUAGUCCUUCAAGUAGUAUCCAAUGGUACACGAAGGAUAGUUUUGUCUACCGCCGAGUAAAUGAAGCAUUACGAACAAUCGAUAUUGAUGCUCUUUAUACUUAUCGUGUGUUCAUUGUGGAUCUUUGCUCCCAACUGCAAAGGCAACAACAGUUGGAACCUUUCUCGACAUCGACUGUAACCCUCUACCGUGGACAGACGAUGUUUGUUUGGGAGCUGAACAAAUUUAUCAAGAAUAUUGAUCAGCUUGUUUCAGUCAAUGCAUUUUUCUCGGCUUCAUUAAAUGAACGUGUAGCUGAAGAUUUCAGCGGAUCUGACGGUUUACAGGAUGCAUCAGAGAGAAGUGUGAUAUUUCAGAUUGAGGUGAAUACUCGCCUUCGAUUCACAAUUUUUGCACGUAUCGACAAACUGAGCACAAAUAAAGACGAAGAAGAAGUGCUGUUCAAUCUAUUCACUGUUUUUCGAGUCGUCAACGUUCUUGAAGAACUUAAUGGACGUCGCUGGCGAAUUUAUUUGGAAGCGACAGACGAGGGACGAGAAGCACUCGAUGAUUAUCUAAAAAUUUCGAAAUCUGAUGUAGAAACUGCUACGAAUGAAAUCAUUUUUGGCCGGAUACUCAUGCACAUGGGACAAUAUGGACGAGCAGUCAAAUAUUUCACAUUACUCAUUUCUAGGCUGGAUUCAAGCGAUGUAUCUAAUCGUGCAAACAUAAUUUGUAACCAAUCCGACUGUUUUUAUCAUAUGUGCGAAUACGAAAAAGCAAGAUUGUGCCUAGAAGAUGGUCUCUCAAGGCUUGAUCAAAUGAAUAUAUCUAAAGAUAACAUUUUCUAUCUUCGGUGCCGUUUUCGUCUGGCUAAUUUAUUGCUUUUUACAAAUCAGCUGAAACCAGCACUCAGCAUCUACGACGAAACACUACAAAGACAACGAAGAACAUUACAUGCAGAUCAUGUCCAUAUUGCCGACACACUGAAAAGUAUAGGAAAUUGGUAUGGAAAUAAUGUCGGCUAUCAUGAAUCGCUGACAUAUAGGAGAGAAGCACUGAGAAUAUAUGAAAAGUCUUUACCAGAAUAUCAUCCGAAACGGACCAGUACUAUGAGAUCACUUGCUGGCGCCUACGAAGCUCUUGGGCAAUUUGAAAAGGCACUUGACUAUCUGAAUCAAGCACUUCAGUAUCAGAAUCGAUAUCUUCCAGAAGAUCAUUCUUCACGAGCAAGCACAUUACGAUCGAUAGGCAUUAAUGAGCAAGCGUUGGGCUACUGGGAGCGAGCAUUUAAUCAUUAUUGUGAGGCAUAUAGUAUUUGGAUGCUGCAGUUUCCUCGAGGUCAUGUCUUUACAGCUUUUUGUUUGAAUCUCAUUGGUUCUAUUUAUCGUAUCCGAAGGGAAUUUGAUAAUGCCCUCAGUUGUCAAUUGAAUGCAUUAGCUAUGCGCACAAGUCUUUUCCCGCCGGGAACUCCUCAACCCUACUCUUCUUUAGGUUUGACUUAUCUAGAUAUGGGAAAAAAUGAAGAAGCAAUCGAAACCUUGAAGUUAGCAUGUCAUUAUUGGAAGGCUAAGUCAAGUGAUCCAUUGAAUAUGUAUUUAAACUCUAUAGAAACGUAUCUUGCUACAGCUUACAGUCACAAUGGGCAGUUUGAAGAAGCGCAGGAAAUUUUCGAACGAGUUCUGCCUUUACAACGAAGCGCUCAUUCUCAUGGACAUCCUGAUAUUGGAUUCACUCUUCACCAUAUGGCUUCAAAUUUGGUGCGAAUGAACGAUUACAUGAGAGGAAUGGCGUGUUAUCAGGAGAGCUUAAACAUGCUAUUACAAUUUUUUAAAGAUGAUCAUUAUGAAGUACGAAUGGUUCGAGAGAAGAUGGAAACACUUUCGAUAUUGAUGGAAAAGAUUCAAGCAGACGAAACAACCUCAUAA